UGCAGCGCGGCGUGCGGCCGCCAUGUCCCCGCGGAACGGGCGCCGCACCGGAGCGCACCGGGCGCACUCGCUCGCCCGGCAGCUGAAGACGAAGCGGCGCCGGCGAGACCUGGACGAGAUCCACGCGGACCUGAAGCCCGAGAACGCCGCGCGGCUGCUGCGGCAGGAGAUCGACCCCGACCUGCCGGGCUGCGCCCAAUUCUACUGCCUGCACUGCGCGCGUUACUUCGUGGACCUGAACAGCAUGAAGGAGCACUUCAGAUCCAAGGUGCACAAGAAGAGGCUGAAGCAGCUGCGUGAGGCUCCGUACACGCAGGAGGAGGCUGAACGAGCCGCCGGGAUGGGUUCCUACAUCCCCCCAAAGAAGGUGGAGGUGCAGACCCAGCCCCUCGAGGAGGUCGCCGAGAUGGAGACGUCCAGCUGAGCACGGGGACAGGGGACUGAGAGGCUGAGUGGCUCUGUAAGGACGUCUUUGUCCUCAGCUUUGUGACAAAAACACGUCCCAGCACUGCCAGCCAAAACCACCCUGCUGCUCCCACAGCCCCCCUGGCCAGGGCACUAACGAGGAGAAGGAGCCAGCAAGACCCUGGGUGCCCUCACCGAGUGUCCAUCUCCAGAAAGGGACAAGUUGCUUUUUUCUCUGAGUGCUGGUGGGACUGCACACUUGUCUGUCUGCUUUUGGAGCAGAUUCUGCUCUGUCCUUGGGUCAGAGGUUAUUCCAGUGAUGCACCCAUUAAAAUAUGUCAAUUAACA